AUGCACCGAGGCCUGUUGCUGCUGCACUUCCGCGUCCGGCGAGUUCCGGACCCUGCAGGUUCUGGCGCCGAAGGUCCGUCGACGCCCAAGCCAGAAGCAUUAUUCGUCCAUAGGAAAUCGGCUGUAGACUUUUCGAUCCAGCCAGCGGUUCUCGCACACCUGAAACUUCAGAGGAUACCCGUGGUGGUAUCACCUUGGCCGUAA